UGGCGGCGGCGGGAGCGGCCCCUCGGCUGGGCCGCGGUGGGUGCCGGGCAGCCAGGGGGUCGGCGCCGCCAUCGCCAUGGGCACCCGCGACGACGAGUACGACUAUCUCUUCAAAGUUGUGUUGAUUGGAGACUCUGGAGUUGGGAAGAGUAAUCUUCUGUCACGUUUCACACGCAAUGAGUUCAAUCUGGAGAGUAAGAGCACCAUUGGGGUGGAAUUUGCAACCAGGAGCAUCCAGGUGGAUGGCAAGACAAUAAAAGCCCAGAUCUGGGACACUGCAGGACAGGAACGAUAUCGUGCCAUUACCUCAGCAUAUUACCGUGGUGCUGUUGGGGCUCUUCUUGUCUAUGACAUUGCCAAACAUCUCACCUAUGAGAACGUGGAGCGCUGGCUGAAGGAGCUUAGGGAUCAUGCAGACAACAACAUUGUCAUCAUGCUGGUGGGAAACAAGAGUGACCUGCGCCACCUCAGAGCUGUGCCCACGGACGAGGCCCGGGCCUUUGCAGAAAAAAAUAACUUAUCUUUUAUUGAAACUUCUGCUCUGGAUUCAACAAAUGUAGAAGAAGCCUUCAAGAACAUUCUUACAGAAAUCUACCGCAUCGUGUCGCAGAAGCAGAUCGCGGAUCGGUCCGCGCACGAUGAGUCUCCAGGCAACAAUGUCGUUGACAUCAGUGUCCCACCAACCACCGAUGGACAGAAAUCCAACAAACUCCAGUGCUGUCAGAACCUGUGACCCGUAGAUGACUCUCGUGCCCUUCACUUCGUCUGUGCUUCAUUUAGAAACUUGUGUGCACUUCUUAUCUCCUGUGAUUCAGUGACUCCCUCUUCCCUCCUUUACCCCAUUUCCAAGUCCCCCCUUUCACCUUAGAGCUUUAAUUGUAGGGUUAACAUUCCCUUGCCCCUGAAAUCCCCUUCAAUGUGGUGACUUUUGGGCUUGAAAUGUAGGCACUGAUCUGAUAGACAUCUUUUUAUUGGAAUAUCUGCUGCUGGAUAUUAUCCCAUGAAACGCUCUCCUCACACAGUUUGGGUUUUUUGUUGGUUUGUUUUUUCUGGGAGAGAAACCAUGGGGACUUGACUAUAGCAGUUGAAAUAACUACAUUUAGGUGACAAGGUUUUUUCUUCCCUUAGUCAGAUUUUUUUUUCUUGUGUUUCUGUAAACAUGGGGGAGAAAUUAAAAGAAAAUAGCUAUCCUACCAAAUGCUCUUUUUUCUAUCCUGAUCAAGUCUCACAGUGAGGUUUUUAGUGGCUGCACACACAUAAGAAAGCUGUUGAAAAUAACAUUACUUAUUGUGUAACUACCCCUAAUACAGUUAGUCUGGCUGUGUAGUUUACUGUUUCCUGCUUGGGAAAUCAUUCUCUAUUCUUGUUUUAUUUGGGAACAAUGAAGUAUGUCUGCUUUGCUUUCUCUGCCACCAUGAAUGCCUGUGCUGCUUGUGCAGGCUUUAUGAAGUGGCUUAAUAUUUAUUCAUGGCUUAUGUUAAUCAGUUAACAUUAUUGUACAUUAAGUGCCAGCAUAUUGAUUUCAGAGACCUUUUGCAACCUGUACAAGUAGGCUUAUUCUGUAGUGUAGAUCAGUGUAUGAAAGCAGGAUCUUCUGUAGUUCCAGGACUUUUUUUUUGUUUUGCAUGCUGCUUUUUCUCUAGAUCUCUCCUACCCCUGUUUGAGUGAGUGAAGCAAUAUUUUCAUGUCAUGUAUAUACCUGCACUUGUAGGGGUUUUGGUUGUUGUAGAGAAACACACCACUUUAUACGUUUUGUAAAACUUCUGCAGAACCAUAGCAUCUUGAACUUACUCUUCGUUCUCUUUCACUAUUGACCUUGGGCAUACUCUCCUUGACCUCUACUAAAAGGCAUAUUAAGAUUUCACUUAACUACUAACCUGUUGUUUUCCUCUUCUGUUCUGCUGAACUGCAGACUGUAAUUCUGAAAUGAUUGUACUUCACCUGAUGUAACAGACUUGUCAUCAGCAGGGCUAACUACUAUAAUAUUUUGGUUUGCUGGAUGGGAAGAAUGUUAUCACAACCUUGUGUGGUCUGUCUCUUGCUAGCUUGUGAAAAUCUUCUGUGAUGGCUUCUCAUCAUUCACUAGCUCUUACACACUUGCAUCCCCUCCAGUAUAUGCUAAGUGUUAUGAUGAGGCAAGUACUGGUGAAACUGUCUAAAGGAAGAGUUGGAGCCCAUCUGCUGCUCUCUGGAACUAGUGAAGCAAUUCGCAGGGAAUUUUUGCUCUGUAUUCUGAGACUGUACCUCACUUGAUGAAUCCUACCUGCCUCUUAGUGAGUCGAUUUUUUCUGAUACAAAGCAAAUAUGAAACUGUGAAUUGUGCUUGAAGGGAAAGUCUGACAUUCCAGUCUCAACUGUUCUCUCUGGUUGUGUAAUAAAAUUAAGGGCGGUUAA